UAUAUUAUACACGAAAGAUCGCUAGAGGGAGGCUCCAUCACUGAGAAAAUUUAAUCACCACAAGAAGAAGCGUGCUUCACAGCAGCCAUCUUUUUUAGAACGAAACUAUAACAAUUGAUUGCCGUGAACCGAAGAGCGAAGUCUCUUCUUCAGCAAAUAAACUUUGUUUCAAAAUCUUUUAAUUAAUUUCAUAAUUAGUAUCUCCGAUGGUGUGUUACAUUUAAGUUGCCGGUCGGCGAUUGCUCAAUAUUAUUGUUUUUCAAACCCAGUCCCUCAAAUUCUUGUUUUCCUCUAAUAUGGCGUUCUAAAAUUUUUCGAAUCUUUAAUAGAAGACAUUCUAUUAGCAUUCUAUUGCCAUUCGAUUCGUAGAACUCGUUUAAAGUCCCUCGGAUGCAUUCGAUAUUGCUGUAACAAAACAGCAAUGCUUUUUGAAAGAUACUGGUUUUAUAAAGUUAACAUAAAUGUGCUGCUGGAAUACGAUGAAGAAAGCGAUUCCUGCUGCUUCGCAAAAUAAUAGAACUGAAACUCAGAAAUUAUACAGGCACGUUCAACAAAUCUCCCAAAGACUAGAUUUACAGUUACAGCAAGCACUUGAUUGGAAAGAAUGGUUUGAUGUAGAAACACUUCAGCUUAGACAAAGAGUAAGAGACGUUUGUGAGCAUAUUCUACUUUCUGGUAUUUGUGAUGUUGCAAGAAAGACAGAAGAGUAUUUAUGGCGUAAAGCAUUUUAUGACAUCAUUCAAAAAUUAAAAUGUGACAAGAAGGCAUUAUCAUCAAGCAAAUCCCUAAAUUCUCUCUACUCGGCUCAUCUACAAGCAGCACUGGGUUUUUAUCAUCAGCUUUUAGUCAGCUUGCGCAACCGUUACAAUAUUCCAUUGCACGGCAUGAUUGACUGGAUUGGUCUUCCACAAGACUCAGAAAUAGGAGACAAUAUAACAAAGGAACAGACAGAUUGGGCUUUCAAGGCUUGUCAAAGAUGUCUUAUUUAUCUCGGUGAUAUAGCACGCUACCAAAUAGAUAUCUUGACUGAACAGAAUGAUGGACUCGCCGAACGCUAUUACUAUUUAGCCAUUUUGUUGAAUCCUGAAAAUGGUAUGCCACACAAUCAAAUAGGAACAUUAAAGCAAAAUCAUUCUUCUCUCUGUGAAUCUGCUUAUCACUACAUGCGUUGUAUUCUCUCUGUGAACUCAUUUGAAGGUUCUGAAGAAAAUUUGAAGCGUGUUCUUGAGAAACACAAUCAAAAGGUCUCGGCAUUGCAAGAAGAUGCGUUAAAGAAUAAUACUAUCAUUGAUGUUAAGACACAAUUUUCUGCUUCUUUUCUCUCAUUGCAAGAAGUUUUAUUCGGUUUUCAAAGACUUCCAACAGAAGAUCUUGCACAGUGGUGUCAAACUGUGAUGUCUUUGUUUGCCAUGGUCUUGACAAACAGUCUACCUGAAACUGAUCAAGUCAGCUUGAAUGUGCAGGUGAAUGGUACAAGUGAAAAUCAAAGUGAUGAAAAGAAAUCUGCUCGUAUAUCAUGUGCUCUGCUUGUAAAGAUGUUGGGAAUGAACAUACUUGAUGUAGUUAGGCUAAAAAAACUAAAUUCUGAAGUGACUGCUGCUGCUACUGCAUUUUCUGCUGCUCUUCUGUCUCAGCUUCUUGAUUUUAUUUCACAAUACCUUAAACAGACGUUUCCUACAUUGAGCAAUGGCCAUAGUGAUGAGCAUGCAAAAAUGAAAAAGCGCUUGCUGUUAAACCGACAGAAACGUCGACGCCGUAGACGUAGAUUUAGUUCACAUAGUUCAGAACACAGUGGCAGUGAAGGUAGUGAAGAUUUACUAAGCAGUGAAGAUAAUCUCUCAGACUUAAGUGAAGGAGAGCUUGACCAAGAUUUAACCGAAGAAUCUUCUGAAGACAGCGAUUCAGUUGUUGAAGAACAUUCUGAAGAUGAGAUUGAUGUUGCUAAUUUUAUCCAUCCUGCAAAGAAAUCUCCUCCAAAUGGUGUCAUCAGUCAUCACCACCGAAAAAAGCUUUCUAGCCUGUCGAAAGCAGGGAUACUGCUUAACAAACAGUUAAAGAAAAACAAUGUCAAGAUGCACAUUAACUCGACGUCGAAUGGCAUCAUACAUGAUUUUGUUAUGGAAGACAUAGAGUUUAUUAACCAAGCUGCUAAACUGUUGGACGACUUCGAGAAAGUUAAUGAGGAAGCAUAUCUACCAGUUAUUAAGAUCUUUUUUGAUUGGUUGAAAUUAAACCCAGACAUACUGAAAAUGAGUGGAAAGGCCUCACCUAUGUUAUGGCAGCGCGUAGCAGACGUGUUGAAUGCAUUGCCCUCUCAAAAAGUUGUGCAAACUGCAGUAAUGUACUUCAGUCAACGACGAAGGCUGCCUUUGUGGUUGAAAGGAGAUUUAGAUGAUGGAAUCGAACAUCAACAGAAAAGAGCAUUGCCAGAGGACCUCACCCUAUUUGGUGCACCUGGUUUUGAGAAAUUACAUCUUGCAUUAGAUGUUACAUGGUUUCGUGGUUUAAGUAAUUCUGAACUUUAUCAGUUUGCACUGAGAAUAACGUAUCUCCGGAACUUUGGUCAUUUUAUUUGUGCGAACAAGGAUGUUCCUUGUUUUACCUGGGAUGAAAACAACCAACAGUUCUUAGUAUCAUCUGCGUCACCACCCAAUCAUGUGAACGGGAGCAGUGAAAUACAUCAGGAAUCUCCCAGUGGUAAAAAGCAAAAGGUCAUGGCACAAAGAAAUGAAAUGAUGAAAGCAUUGGCAAAACAAAAGCUUCAGCAUGAAGUUAAAGAACUUGAAAAGCAUUUACAAACAACCACAGUGUCACCUACAGAGCAGGCCUCUGUUUAUUUGGUUCUUGACACUGCUGCAUUAUGUCGCCAUCUUUCUUUGUUACGUUCGUUAGUGAAGAGCGCACAGUUUGUUGUUAUUGUUCCAACUCAAGUGAUUGCAGCCCUUGACGAAAUCAAGAAGUACAAUCCAGGUGCUCGAGAUGCUAUAAAAUUUUUAGAAGAUGAGAUUAAACAUGGCAAUAGGUGGUUGAAGACACAGAAAGAAAGUGAGACGGUUAGUGACCAGUCAAUAUUAAACAAUCGUAAGAAGAAGAACAGGGAUAUUGAAGAAUGGCGGUUCUUACAUGUUGUCAAGUGUUGCAUCUACUUUGCGGAGAAGCAUGUCGGACAAAGUAUGGUGACAUUACUGACUUCAGACAGUAGUUUGAACGGUGGAAAGACUGCCAAUAUGGGGACCAGACCUACUCCAUACUCCUUGGAAAUCUGCGAGAACAAAGGUAUUCGAGUCGAGCCUGUGGUGGAUUUCUACAAACGAUGGACAACUAGAAACGGACCUUCGUGAUGUCAUAAUGACGUCAGCAGUGUGCUGACAGUACUCAUGGUUUAUUCUCGAUGACAGAAUAUGUGAAAACAACAAUAAUUGCCAUUCUCUGUAUGCUUGGCAAAAUUCUUUAAAAAUAAAAUAAAGCAUACGUAUUUUCGUCAACUUAAUAAAAGAAACAGCAUUAGUCAACUCUUCCGCAAGAACUGCAUAUGAAGAAGUUAUUAAAGAAAAAAAUGACGGUGGGUUGGUGGGAGAUGGUGUUAUUGAUAUUUGUUGUUUAGUGAAAUGAGCAUCUAAUAAAGUACAAGCACGUGAUUGGAAUAAUUAGCAUUAAUUUGCAUAAAUUUUAUCAAGAAAACUUGCUUGAAUUUCAUUUCUUCGCUACUCAUCACAAUGAAGACCUCUCGUCCAGCUUUGUAAAUUUCGUGCGUGCUCAACGCGAUUUUAUGUGUCGUUGAAUUUGGUGUUUUUUUUAAAAGAUUGGAUCUUUUAGGAAGGAUUGAAAUUUCGUGUUUAUCGAUUGCAUAUUUCGUGUUCUGGUUUGCAUUGGAAGCUUGUAGAAAUCAAAAGAAGUUCAUCCGUACGCCGUUGGAUCAUAUACAAGUUUCGCCUAUUUUAAUACCAAGAUUACCAACUCGGGAAGAAUUCCAACCUUUUUCGCGUGAUUUAUUGUAUGUGUGAUUAUAUUCUGUGUUAAUUUUGUGUAUGUUCCCUUAUUUUCGUCUGUAACUACAAUUUCUUUGCGUCAUUGAUUUACAAAGACAUUAUAGUUUUCGGGAGACAAAGAAGUCGCAAGAAAAGCUAUUAAGUGGUAUUUUAAAAAGGGUUUUUCUUAAGAUGUGUUGUUAAUUUAAUUCGUUAAGGACCAGUCAAACGCUGCCCCAAAGAGGCGUUUUGCCCGACUGUAAAUAAACUGUUGAGUCUGCGUUUUUGUUUCCUUGUCGGCAGGAACGAGCAGAGUAGUUUUCUCCUCGUAUAAUGAGUGGUUGGAAAAAAUACGGUUGAAAAUUUAAGAGACAUGUGUUUUUAUUGUUGAAAUAAGUAAGAAAAAAUUGAAAUCAAUCUUUCCUAAUGUAAACCUGUAGACAUUUAUCUUAUUUUGAAUAUAUGUUUAAUGUACGA